AUGGGCAGCAACACAUCCACCCCAGCUGUGAACGCCAUCGGCGCCAGCCAGUCGCUGACGCCGCUGGUCCGGCGCUCCGCUGCAACUCUGGAAGAAAAUCCACUGCUCGACGAUGAGUUUUCAGACGAUAUCCUUCACAAGGUCACAGGCAGAGUUCUGGAACUGAGUCAAGCGCCCCAGCUACCCGCCAUUGGAACCGCCCAAGGGUCACGAAGCGGGCUGGUAAGUGGCAUAAGUAGCGUCCAUGCCGUUCUGACGCCAAACCAAGCAUUUGGACGCGGUGUGGCCCCCGUGGGUGGCGUUCGGCCUCGAAGUGGGACCCAUCAACUGGCGGUGCUGCGUCGCUCGCGUCUGUCACUGGCUGGCACUAACAAAAUCAACUUGUUUGGUCUGGAGCCUUAUGAUGCUUUAGAUGACCAGUAUAACGAGGUUAACGAGGAUAUGAUGCAUCCAGAGAUGGACGAUCAAGUUGUGCGCAAUUUGCUUUCUCCGGCAGAAGAUGUGGAGAUGUAUGAUGACGGUGACGAUGAUUGGCACAGAGGUAAGCACAUCGAUGAAAUCGACUUUUCUACUAUCAUCACGCCUCAAUCACAACCAAAGGCUCCUGAGCCUGCUCCGCCCUCUGUAGAGGAGGUUCCGCACAAUCCAGUCACCCCUAAUGACUCGCUGGCCCCAUUAGCGGUACUGCCAGUGGAGAUCAAGUGGGUCAAUACAGCAAAGGAACCUAUCCGUACUAUAGCGGUGAUAGGUCUGUUUACGAACUGGCAUGAAACUAUUCCUCUUCUUUCCAAGGGUGCCAAUGAGUAUACCACCAGUCUACACCUUCCCCUUGGUGUGCACAAGUUGCUUUAUCUUAUCAACAAUGAAUACCGAGUGCUGGAUCUGUUACCGACAGCCACAGAUCUGGAGGGUAUAUUUUUCAACUGGUUCGAGGUUAUCGCUGGUGGCGACGCUGACGCCGGGCGUUCGCAAGUCGACCAGAUUCAGCGCAAACUGACCUCCUUGUUGACCAAGGUGUCAAAAGAAACUGACCAAUUCGAGCACAUUGAGUACGCCGAUCCUAAUGACCACGAAGAUAAGAUGGAUAUUGAUAGAAACGAAAAGCUGGUAGUCCAGUUCCAUGAAAAGGUAACAAAGCCUCAGCGUUCGCAAUAUCUGAAUCAAAUCCCAGAAAUGUUUGUAAAUUACGACUACUUCAAGCAUAAGGCGCCUGACUACGAGCUACCCGAGCCACCACAACUUCCAGCACAUUUGAACAAUGUGUUGCUCAACAAGCUCAACAGCAACAACCAUCCUCCUACCAAAUCACAUGACGCGGCGCUGGGAGAACGCCCUCAACUUAGACGUGCUGAUCUGAGUUACUAUGCUCUGAAUAACCAACUGUAUCACUUGCUGAUCCCUAAUCAUGUCAUUCUUAACCAUUUGAUGACCACGCUGAUCCGCAACGAUGUGUUGACGGUGGCUUGUAUCACUCGCUACCUGGGCAAAUUCAUCACUCAGAUAAUGCACUCUCCCGCAACCAUGAACGACCAAAACUAG